AAAUGUCUGUGGGUAGAGCGUUCUAGUCUUCUUAUUGAAGGAACAUCUGUACUAGAUACAUGUACAACGUAGUCCAAUAGCUAGUACAUUGAAAACAGUGAUUAACAUUUAUUUUCGUAAAAAAGACUGAACAACCUCCAGUGUACAAGCCGCGUAACCCGGAUACAUUCAAUGUUUACCUGAUCAAGUUGUCAACUCCUGGGUACUUUGGCUUUGAAUGAGAAUGAAGCUGAAUUUGAUUUUAUUUGUUUUUUAUCUUGUCUUUCAAGAGUGCCAGGGGGGAAAAUAUUUUAUUUCGGCACCACGUAAUGUUGUGCCUGGCACUGCAUAUGACAUUAGUGUUGACAUCUUGAAACAAGAUAUUGACAAUGUAACAGUUGAAGCAAUACUACAAGAUUAUAGCUUCUCUAUACCCGAAGGCCCAAAAAGUUUACUAACUGCAAAUGGCACAUUUUCACCAGGAGUUAGAGGGACUCUGUCAAUGCCAAUUGACUUCAACUUACACUGUUCUUACUGUCGAAUACUUUUAAAAGGAUAUAAUCCACUUCAGUUUGAACAAGACAUUUUUAUUCAAAUAUCUUCUGAUAUUUUAUCAAUAUUGAUCCAAACUGAUAAAGCCAUCUACAAACCUAAAGAGAGAGUUAACUUCAGAAUCCUGGCAGCAUAUUACAACUUACAACUUUACACUGGAACAUUUCAUUAUGAAAUUCUGGAUCCUUAUGAUAAUAAAAUCAAUGUUUUGAGUGGAGUCAGCGGAACAUUUGGUGUAGUGGAAGGUUUCUUUGAUUUAAGUGAUCAGCCUUCUUUUGGAACAUGGAAAAUAAAUGUCAGAACUGAGACUGUUUCAGGAGCGGAGAGUCAAUUUUUUGAAGUAGCAGAGUAUGAUUUACCAAGAUUUCAAGUGGAUGUUGGGUUACCUCCUUUUGCUUUACUUUCUGAUACAACACUAUCAGGCUCAGUAGAGGCCAAAUACACGUUCGGCCAGCCAGUAUAUGGUUUAGUACUACUUCAAAUUGGUGAAAAUGUUGACACAAUAGACAAAUGCAAUGUCAACAGAAAAGUGACGGAAAUUAGUUUUGAGAUUAAAGGAAAAGGAAACUUCAGCGUACCUUUGGAGGAUAUUCGGAGAAGCGUUCAUCUCAAUGAGAAAAAGAAAAUUAAAAUCACAGCUUUCGUUACUGAGGCAUCAACUGGCAUUAAGCUAAAUGGCAGCUCGGUCAUUACAUACUAUGGAAACAGAUAUCAGAUCAAAUUUUUAGAAAUGACUCCAGCUGUUUUCAAGCCAGGUCUCCAAUAUACUGCAUACGUUCAAGUAACAACUCCAGAUGGACUACCUCCAACAGAUUCAAAUCUUUCUCUCAGUGUAUACACUUCAGUCACUUAUCAAAUGACUGUACCAGAUCAGGAGUUGUACAGUCCUUCCAGCUUCUCUGGAUCUUAUCCACUACCUGGACAGAACAUGAGCCUGCCAGCAAAUGGAAUACUGUCCAUUGAUAUAGAUAUCCCCUUGAAUGCUACGUCUAUUGAUAUCAAGGUGUCGUUAAACAAAGAAACAACUGCCGAGAAACGUAUUUCUAAAUCUUAUUCAAUGAGUAACAAUUAUUUACAAUUGUCUUUGCUGAGUAAACUGGUAAAAGCAGAAUCAGAUGUACUUAUUAAAAUAACAUCAACAGAAGCAAUCGAUUCAUUAGCAUAUGAGAUCAGAUCUAGGAGUGAUCAUGUGAAGUCUGGAGUAUUGGAGCUGAGCGGUCAGAGAGAGUUUAACGCUACAUUCAAAGUUGAGCCUAGCUGGGCUCCCAUAGCACAGCUGUUGAUGUAUUACAUUAGACGAGACUCCAAUGAAGUUGUAACUGAUAGUUUGGCUUUUAAUGUGGAGGGAAUGUUCAAGAACAAAGUAAAUGUAGCCUUCAAAGAAAAUGAAACUGACAUUAAUAAGAAUGUUUCCCUUGAGCUGUCUGCUGACUCAGAUUCACAAAUCUAUGUCCUGGCUGUGGAUCAGAGUGUCCUUCUUCUGAAGACAGGAAAUGAUUUAACACCAAAUAAGGUCAAAGAUUCAUUCAUCUCCAAGUUUCACAAAGGAGCAAUUCCUACAGAUUCAAACUUUGCUCUUUCCUACAGUGGAAGUUCAAUCAAUGAAGUAUUCUCAAAUAUGGGCUUAGUGAUUGCAACAGAUUUAAAUAUAUUUGCUCCUUUCAGGCCUAUAGCACUUGGAAGAUUUCCCUCAAGUGGCUUUGAUAGACAAGGCAUGAUGGGUGCACCAAUGGCGAUGUCAUUUAGAGAUGACAAUGCAAUGGAAAGCGCUUCAUUUGAGAUGGAUGUAGCGACAUCAACUAAGCCUGUUGAGAGAGUCAGAAGCUUUUUUCCAGAGAGUUGGCUCUGGACAAGUGUAAAGAGCAUCAAUGGUCAUGCCACACUUACUACCACAGUACCAGACACCAUCACUUCGUGGAUUGUUAGUGCCUUUGCAACUAACUCGGACACAGGUCUCGGCGUGGCACCAACUACUUCAAAGCUUCGUGUGUUCAGACCAUUUUUUGUAAGUCUGACUUACCCUCGCUCAGUCACACGGAAUGAACAGUUUAUUGUCCAGGCCACAGUUUUUAAUUAUCUUCCAGUGGAUCUAAUGGUCACUGUCUCUUUAAAAGAAAACCCAUUCUUGACACCUAUCACACCUGGACCUGGAAAUCAAGCAUCAAAUAUUCAGGUAAGAGCCAAUGAACAAGGAAUAGUGUAUUUCUCAUUAUCAGCACUGACUGUGGGCUCUUUGGACAUUGAAGUUUCAGCUAGAAGUAAUAUGGCAGCUGAUGCUAUUGUAAGACAGAUUCUCAUCAAACAUGAAGGAGCUCCUGUUGUUUACAACAAUCCUAUUUUAAUAAACUUGUCCAACAACCAGUCUACUUUUGAAAAAAAUAUUGCCUUCACACUUCCUGACUCUUUGGUUCCAGAAUCUCAAAGAAUUAGAGUUAAAGUGACAGGUGACCUAAUUGGAUCAACUGUACAAAGUCUCACAUCUCUUUUAACAUUACCAACUGGGUGUGGGGAACAAAGCCUGGUCAAGUUUACACCUAACAUCCACAUAGGCAGAUAUUUAAAGGCUACAAAUCAACUAUCCGAAGAACUGAAUAAGAAGAUCAUUGAUCUGUUAAAUGAUGGAUAUCAACGACAACUAACCUACAAGAGAUAUGAUAAUGGUUUUAGUGCAUUCGGAAACUAUGAUAUAAGUUCCAGUACUUGGCUAACAGCUUUAGUGGUAACAUCAUUUGCUGAAGCUCAAGAGUUUAUUUUUGUGGAUAAAGAAAUCAUUCUUAAAGCAUCAAUGCUGUUAAUAGACAGACAAAAUAUUGAUGGAUCCUUCAAUGAAUUUGGUAAAGUUUUAGACAGAAAUACUCAGGGAACAACUGCUGGUCCAGCCUUAACUGCAUUUGUAUUAGUUGCACUGCUCAAAGCCAAGGAGCUUGCUGAUGUUCAGGAUUGCAAAAACAAUAACAAGUGUAGAUAUUAUCUAUUGGGUAAUGCGACUCUAAAUGCUACAAGAAAUUUAGAAAGGCUGAUGCUUGCUGAUUCAAUUGAUGACCAGUUUUCUCUUGCUGUGGCCAGUUAUGCUUUUGCUGAAGCAAAAAGUCAACUUGCUCAAUCAACAUUUGAAAAGUUAUUGACAUUUGUUAAACAAGAAGGAGGUCUUGAGUACUGGAGUGCCAACAGUACAGUGAACAAUGAAGAAUUAAACAGAUUUAUCAACUGGCGCCCUCCUCGUCUUCAGGCCAGACCCAUUGACAUUUUGAUUACAUCAUAUGCUAUAUUGACCUAUAGUUCUCUGGGGCGUCUUGAUGAGGCUCUUCCAUCUGUCAGGUGGUUAACAUUACAGAAAAAUGCACAGGGAGGUUUUGUGUCUACUCAGGACACAGUUGUAGGACUACAAGCACUUUCUUCUUAUGGCAGCAAGUCAUUCAGGCCUGAUACUAACAUUACCAUUUAUGUGUCAGACAUGAACACACAUCUGACAAUGAAUGUGAACAGUGAAAAUGCUUUAUCACUACAAAUUCAAGAGAUUCAAAGCAAUAGUCAAGAUUUUAGUAUCACUGCUUCUGGUUCAGGCCUUGCACUUUUAGAUAUUGAAUACAGUUUUAAUGUCCUGAAAGAAUUGUCCAAGCCUGUUUUUGAUGUGAACACAGUUCUAUUAGAUGACAAGUUGGAUUCUUUUAAUAUAAUGGUCUGCACUAAAUUUUUGAUGAAGCAUGAUACAGGCAUGGUUGUCCAAGAACUUAGCAUUCCUUCAGGGUUUGUGCCAGACUUAAGUACUUUGGGACAAGUAGCAGGUGUCAAGAGAUCAGAAAGAAAAGGCUCUAUUGUAGCAAUAUACUUUGACAAGAUCAGUGGGUCUUCUCUGUGUUACAGUAUUGUUAUGACCCGUGAAGCUAAAGUAGCUAAGUCCCAGAAGAGCUAUGUCAGAACCUAUGAUUAUUAUGAACCAGCUAAUCAAGCAACAGUGUUCUAUCAGCCCCGAACUUUAAGAGACUCAACUGUCUGUGAUGUUUGCCCCAACUGUUGCCCAUAGAUGAAGAGGACAAGAUAGGACAAACUUCCAGCACUAAUUGUGCUAACUACUAAUCAGAAUAAAUCAUUAUUAAACUGUA